AUGGAGGGUAUGGACCUGGACGUGGACCAGGAGCUUACGCAGAAAUUCAGUUGCAUGGGCACUACAGACAAAGACAUUCUCAUAUCGGAGUUCCAGAGGCUCCUCGGCUUUCAGCUAAACCCCGCCGGAUGUGCCUUCUUUCUGGACAUGACCAACUGGAAUUUACAAGCAGCCAUUGGAGCCUACUAUGACUUUGAGAGUCCUAAUGUCAACGCACCAUGCAUGUCCCUUGUUAAAGAUGUGACGAUUGGCGAAGGCGAAUCAGUUCCACCUGACACACGUUUCACCAAGACCUGGAGGAUACAAAACACAGGUACAGAGUCUUGGCCUCCUGGGGUUUGCUUGAAGUAUGUAGGAGGAGAUCAGUUCGGUCAUGUAAACAUGGUAGCGGUACGGUCUCUAGUCCCUCAGGAAAUGACAGAUGUGAGUGUACCAAUGCAGAGCCCUGUCUCUCCUGGUAUGUACCAGGGCCAGUGGAGAAUGUGUACAGCAACAGGACUUUACUACGGAGAUAUUAUUUGGGUGAUCCUGAGUGUGGAGGUCGGAGGCCUUCUCGGCGUUACCCAGCAGCUUUCGUCCUUCCAGGGGGAGUUCAACACCCAACCUCACCGCAACGUAGAGGGAAAUUACAACCCCUUCGCCUCACCAGAGAGGAGCAAAUGGUCCAACAGCAACACCACCUUACAUCAUGACGGCAACAAUAAAGUCUCAGAGGAACACUGGCACGGCAUGCCAAACCAGCCAGAUCAGAAUGGACUUUCACACAACUCUGUGGACAUAGUAGCAAACAGCCUACAAAACAAUCUGUCAAUAGUCACAUAUAACCAGGGUUUACAGGAGCCUUCCCAUUUUGGUCAUUCUUAA